UAAAAAUUAAUGUAAUAAUAAUAAUAAUAGCAAUAAUAACCUAGAGCCAGAACAAAGGAAAGAUAUGUGUGUGAAGCUAUGAAUUUAGUUAAAUUGUGGAGGUUUCAAAUUUUAUAGAGUUUUUAUUAGAUAAGUUUAUUAAACUGAGAUUAGAGUAGUUGAUGGGAGAAAAGUAAGAAUUACAUUGGAUCAAGCAGCUGAAUUAGUUGGAUGCCCAAGAAAGACUUUAGAGGAUUAUUAUUAUUUAUUGAGAAAGGCUUAAAAUUUAGGUAAUUUGAAUUCAAUCAUUUUUAGUUAAUUUGGAAGAUAAAAAAAAUGAAAAAAUGGGGUUUAUAAGAAAAAUAUGUCGAGAAAAUAAAAAACAAUAAUAAUUAUUAAAGUAAGAAGAAGAAUUUUAUCAAAUAAAUUAAUUUUAAUUGGAUGAGAUACAUGAUGAUUGAUA